AUGGCUGCGGACGGACCGGUCCUUCCUCAGGGUGCGGGGUAUGGUGUCGGAAUCGGACUGUUCUUUUCCGCAUUCAUGGUCUGCUUGACCGCCAUACAAACCCGUUAUACCGGAUUCUCGCCCAAGAACUCCGAAGAAUUCAACAGCGCCUCCAGGAGCGUCAAGCCUGGCCUUAUUGCAUCCGGUAUCGUCUCUGCAUGGACCUGGGCUGCCACGCUGCUGCAAUCGAGCGCCGUCGGAUAUGAGUACGGAAUUUCCGGCCCGUGGUGGUACGGUGCAGGCGCGACGGUUCAAAUUCUUCUCUUCGCACAGCUUGCAGCUAAGCUGAAGAUGAACGCGCCUCACGCGCAUACAUGGCUCGAAAUCGUCUCCGCUCGAUGGGGCAAGGUUGCCCACCUCGUCUUCAUGUUCUUCGGUUUGGCGACGAACAUCAUCGUCUCCUCCAUGUUGAUUCUUGGUGGCUCCGCUACUGUCAGUUCGCUCACGGGUAUGAACACACUCGCAGCGUGUUUCCUCAUCCCAGUCGGAGUUGCAAUCUACGUGGUUGUUGGUGGCAUGCGUGCAACCCUACUAUGUGACUACACGCAUACGAGUGUCCUCUUCGCGAUUAUCUUCGUAUUUGUGUACACUGUAUAUGCCACGAGUCCAGUCAUUGGCAGCUUCAGUGCUAUGCAUGAUCUCCUUACCAAGGCGGCAGAGCAGGCUCCAGUAGCUGGUAAUGCGCAUGGAUCGUACCUCACGAUGCGGUCCAAGAACGGGCUUAUUUUCGGUGUCAUCAAUGUCAUUGGUAACUUUGCGACUGUGUUCCAGGACCAAGCCUACUGGCAACGUGCAAUUGCUAGCAGACCUGCAACUUGCGUCAAGGCAUAUCUCCUCGGAGGUCUUGCUUGGUUUGCGAUUCCGUUUAUGUUCGCCACCACGCUCGGUCUCUCUGCAGUCGCCCUACGUGGUAGCCCGAACAUGAUGGUGCUCACCCCCGAAGACGUCUCCGCUGGUCUCCCCGCAUCCGCGGCCGCGGCAGCGCUGCUUGGGCAGUCUGGAGCAGCGGCCCUGCUUAUCGUCCUGUUCUUGGCCGUCACAUCGGCGACAUCUGCUGAAUUGAUCGCGGUAUCGGCUGUCUUGACGUACGAUGUCUAUAAGAAAUAUAUCAACCCGAAGGCGACGGAAACUCAGAUUCUGCGGGUGUCGCAUGCGAUGGUGGCAUUGUUCGCGAUUGUCAUGGGCUUCCUAGGUCUUAUAUUCUACUACAUCGGAAUCUCCAUGGGAUGGCUCUACGACUUCAUGGGCGUUGUCCUCGGAGCUGCCGUCGUCCCCAUUGCGAUUUGUGUCACAUGGCGAAAGGCCAACAAGUGGGGCUGCGUCGGUGGCGCCGUUGUUGGAUUCUGCUGUGGUAUCAUUGCAUGGCUUGUCACCACUUCGACACUCAACGGCAAGGCCAUCAACGUCACCACGAGCGGCGGGAACUAUGAGAUGUUAGCGGGUAACCUUGCCUCAAUUGGCAUGGGUGGAAUCAUCUCCUGUAUCACUUCUCUUAUUUGGCCAGAAGACUUCAACUUUGACAUCACACGAGCCAUAAACGCACCACCACAGUCAGACAUGUCCGAGAAGACCAGUGAAAAUAGAUCGUCCGAGGAUGAUAUGGAUGAAAAGAAGCAGGAUCCCAGCAAUGUCUCUACCAACCCCGUGGGGGCUGUUGAGAACGGUGCAGUUGCGGCGCAGGACCUGGAUCCCGUUGCCUUACAGAAGGCUUUCAAGCUCGCAGCCUGGUCGUCGGUUGCGUUGACUCUUGUGAUGCUGAUCCUCAUUCCUCUGCCGUUGUUCUUCGCCCAGACGGUUUACGGCGUCAGAGGAUUGACUGCAUGGGUUGUCAUCGGAAUGAUCUGGGCGUUCUGCUCAGCCAUCUCUGUCGUUCUGUACCCGCUUUAUGAGAGCCGUGCGGCGUUGCGUAUGAUUGGGCGAGGGAUACUGAAGGACAUUUUUCACCGUGGUAGUGGCAAGUUUGUCCGCCCCACGGCGAAUCCACACGUUGCAUGA